AUGGCUCUUUCCAGAUUGGCAACUAACCUCGCCGCCGGUUUGGUCCUGGCAUCUGUCGUCAGCAGUCAGAAUCCUUCUCAAGGAAAUCUGGUCCUCUGCGACUGUGGUAUCGGAGAUGACAAGGAGCACCCCGACUGGUCUACGUCUCGUCAGAUGAACUGGUACAACCAGAUCAAGUGGCCUGAUUCUGCAUCGACCUACCCAAAAGCACCAGACAUGGCUGUGCAGGUUCCCUACAAGGAUGGCAUCUAUCCUUGGUUGCCACAAGGCGUCACUGCUGCCAUGCCCAAUGGUGAAGUUUGGACCGCCUAUAUUGAAGAUGGGACUCCUGAUGGCUUCAAAGCCGGGAGUGCUGUCUCCAGCAAGGACAGCAAAGCAGUGCUCAACUGCUGGGCCUAUCGCGGCCGGCCAAUCAGCGCGGCAAUCAACAAAACUGUUAGCCACGAUGCCAUCUGCCGGACUGCUUUUGUUUGCAAUCAUGAAAUCAACCCCCCCGCUCGUCCCAAAGACAUGAACCCGCACUCCUCUGCCACAAGUUCCCCAGCUACACCCCCCAGAACUACGUUCUAUACGAAGCCACCACCAACCACUGUCACCGUCACUCCAACUUCCUCCGGGCAACCGGCACCGACACACAACCCGAAUCAGGGCAAGUUGGACGUGUUUGCUUCUGUGAACCCACGCUUCAUCAACUGGCAAGACACUUGGCAGGCUUUCAUUAACCUAUUCGUCUGGGACAAAAGCACCGGGCGUUGCAUCAGCGGUUCAGUUCGUGGCUCUGGAUACAAUAUCACCAUUGACUGCGCUGGAAUACAAAUCGACGAGGACACUCACAUGACCCUCCUUCUGAUCAAGGCCCUCCGUGACGUGGGCUUGAACAGCCUGUGGUUCAAUCAAAAUCCAGUCAUUCCAGGAGGAAGCAGCAGCAACCAAACAUUGCCCAACUGGGUGGUGAUGCCCGAAGCAUUCAGCUUGCAGGCCAUUGACGUCGCCACCAACCAUGUGGUCGGUCGUCUGUCAUACAAGACGCACUACGACGUUUUCCUCAGCACUCCGUGCUCUACCUGCGAGACUGGACGUUUUAACAAGAGCUUUUUCGACCAAGUCAUUGGCGCUGUACAGGGCAGCUACCCCAGGUUCAACAACUUUACCGUCCAGGCACAGUGUGAUCCUUGGAUGGCCUGCGAAUGA